GGCUUAUGCUGACAGAGUGGAGCCAGCAGCACCAGGAUGGUGCUGCUGGAGAGUGAGCAGUUCCUGACGGAGCUGACCAGGCUCUUCCAGAAGUGCCGGUUGUCGGGCAGCGUGUGCAUCACCCUGAAGAAGUAUGAUGGUCGAACUAAACCCAUUCCAAGGAAGGGGUCUGUGGAGGGCUUUGAGCCCACAGAAAACAAGUGUCUGUUAAGAGCUACUGAUGGGAAAAAGAAGAUCAGCACUGUGGUGAGCUCCAAAGAAGUGAAUACGUUUCAGAUGGCUUGUUCAAACCUAUUGAGAGCUAACAUGGAUGGGCUGGAGAAGAGGGACAAAAAGAGCCAGAGUAAGAAGAACAAAGCAGGGCAGUGAAGGGCACCAGAUUUCCCGCCUUCACCAGCUAACCACUGAAUUGCUAUUUUUCCUUGGGUUUUUACUUUUGGCCACAAAGCUGGGUUUCUGAUUCCCCUACAGUAACUGUUUUCAUGUGAGAUUAGGGUCAUUUUUGGAUGGAAGAAGGGCUGUAGUGUUUACAGGGUAGUUACAAGAAGCCAGUUUAAUUUAGGUCUGGCUAAGUGGUCUGUGUUGUGUGGUUGUAAGUUUCUGGAUAAUAGUUUACAGUCUCUGUAGCCGUCUGUGAAGAGCACUGUAUCAUUAAACCAGUAUUUAUCAG